GUAUUUCAAGUAAAAUAUUGAGAAAGAUUCAUUAAUAUUCGGUUCAUUAUUUAGCAUAAGUUAUCAAAUGGAAAGUUGUGAAUUUCAAAGACCACACAUUCAAUUGUCUGUUUCUAGAGGAAAUAAAAUAAAUACAGAAUUCAGAACAAGUAUGUCUACGCCGUGGGGUAAAAUACAGGCAGCACCUGUUAUGCCAUGUUCUCUACAAGAUGUAAUGAGUGAACAGCUGGCUCUUGAUCUUCAGAAAAAGGAGGAAGAAAACAGUGUAAAGGUUGAAGAGACAAGGACCUUCCAGGAGAUACUAGCAGCAGCCAGCGAGGACCCGGAAACAACAGACGACUUUCUGCUGGCUCAGAUGUUACAACAGGAAUACGACAGAGAGCAUGAUCAGGCACUCAAAAUAGAGGAAAAAAAGUUCAACGGAAAUAACAAAGUGUCGAUUUCCUUUGAGAACUACAGAGUGGUACAUCCAGCGUACAGAGAUGAAGAGGAUGAGGAGGAAAUAGACCCAGAUGAAAUCGAGUACAGGAAAACUCAAUGGGAUAGCCCAAGUCCCAAGUUCAACAAAUCUGGAGUAAUUGGCAAAGGCAAGAAUAUAACUACCAAACAUGAUGCUGAGAUCUGUGGGAGAAGAAAUGCAUCUAGGUUAAUGGAUCUUCCACCAGAGUUUCAGUCUGGUGAUGGAGAAGGGAUAGACAUGAAGCUCCCCAAUAAAGUAUACAACAAACUAAAGCUACACUCACUGGCUGAAAACAAGAGAAGUCAGAGACUGCAUGAGAAAAAGGAGUUUUCUACCUCUGAACAAGUGUUAGAUCCUCGUACCAAACUGCUGCUGUAUAAGAUGGUGAACAAUGGGACCAUGGAGUCUGUAGGGGGGAGCAUCAGCUCCGGGAAGGAGUCCGUCGUGUAUCACGCAUACGGGGGAAGCAAAGAGGGGGUUUUGCUGUCAACUGAGUGUGCAGUUAAGAUCUACAAGACAACACUAAAUGAAUUUAAGAACAGGGGAGCAUAUGUGGAUGGGGAUCACAGGUUUUCUAGGGACGACUUCAAGAAAAACAACCCAAGGAAAGUGAUUCGAAUCUGGGGGGAGAAAGAGACAGCUAAUCUCAACAGAAUGAAGAAGUUUGGGAUCCCUUGCCCCGCUGUACAAGUUCUCAAUAAACACAUCUUGGUGAUGAGUUUUAUAGGCGAGGACCAGUGCCCCGCCCCCAAACUGAAGGACGCCCAGCUCUCCGUGGAGGAUUAUGAGGACGCUUAUGAACAGGUUAUAAAGAUAAUGGAUACAAUGCAGAAUAAAUGUGCCUUGGUUCAUGGGGACUUGAGUGAAUACAACCUGCUCUGGUACCAAGAUAAAGUGUGGGUGAUCGAUGUCAGCCAAGCGGUAGAACUCACUCACCCCAAGGCCAUGGAGUUCUUGUUUCGAGACUGCACAAACGUUUGCAAGUUCUUCAAGAAGGCAGGAGUGCAUAAUGUUAAAGAGGCAGAGAAACUGUUCAAUCAGAUCACCAGACUAAAUAUCAAAGGGAAGGGCGCGGAGUUUGCCGCCCAGGUCCAGCGAUACGACAAGGAGAGAAGCGCGGAGUUACUGGCUCAUCAGAUUUCUAUGAAGGAGUACGCGUUUGAUUAUUACUUUGAGAAGUCGCAGCAGGACCGGCUAGAGGAGGCCGGGGAGGAUGAGGGGGAGGUGUUAGAGGACAGGAACGACCCGUUUGAGUAUUUUUACGAGAAAUCUUUACAGGACAAAGCUGAUGAGGCAGGAGGGCAGGAUUCAGAGGAGGAGGAGGAGGACGAUGAGGAAGUAGAGGAGGAACUUAGGAAUGCAGAUGAAGAAAAAAUGGAUAAAUUAAAACUUGGAUAGGGAUA